GGGGGUGUGUUGUAGGAAAGGGGCGAGCAGGAGCCGCCGUGCUUAAAUCCAGCUGGCUGCUCUGCUGGGAAUGUAAUCCAUAUGUGCUCGUGAGUUCAGCUGCAGGAGAAAGCAGAGAUACUAUCCGCAAAAGAGGCGAUUGUUUCUGCUUUUCCUUGAAAGUUUUGAAAGAAUUCCUGCUCUAGCUGGCCCCUGGAUCCUGGUGUGAUUUAAGCAGCCAGAAGAAAAGGGCAGAAGAGAGGUGCAGAGAAAGAGAAGAAGAAGAAGAGAAGGGAGUGAGGGAGGAAGAAAGUGAGCAAUAGUAGUUGGACAUACUGCUACUACAACAAAGCCACCGUGUGCAGAGGGUGUGAGGAGCUAAAGGAUGAUGGAAGGCGGGGAGGCAGUGGACGAGGGAGCUGCGAGCCAGAAUGACCCGAAUGGGCCAGCUGGGCACCCACUGAUCCAUACCCGCCUGGAAGAAAACGGACCAAUCCUCAAAGCCCUGCCGAGCUCUGAUUCGGACAUGAAUGGCAAGGCGGGCGGCAGAGGGCCAAUGACCAGCGCUGGCGAGGCCAACAGCAACGCCAACAACCUCAGCAUGGUGUCCGAGCCCACCUCAGAGGCCCAGAACCACUCGCGGGCCUCACGCACACCCAAGAAAGCCGCCACCUUCGGGAAGCGUUCCAAUUCCAUGCGCCGCAACCCCAAGGCCGUAGUGAGCAAACAGGGCUGGCUCCAUAAGCAGGCCAGCAGUGGCGUGAAGCAGUGGAACAAGCGCUGGUUCGUGCUGACAGAUCGAUGUCUCUUCUACUAUAAAGACGAUAAGGAAGAGGUAGUUCUUGGCAGCCUUCCUCUGCUCAGCUUCAAGAUCGGAGCGGUCCAGUCUUCAGAUAACAUCAGCCGGAAGUUUGCCUUUAAGGUGUGGUUCGAAAAGACAGACGAGGAAGAGGAGGAGGACAAGGAGGAGGAAGGCGGAGACUUUAAGGGCAGUAUUGCUUUCUGUUUGCAGGUGGAGCACGCCGGCACUCGUACGUACUACUUCAGCGCCGACAGCCUGGAGGAUCAGGAGGAGUGGAUCCACGCCAUGAGUGAGGCCGCCAGGGUCCACAUCUCUCCACCUAUCGGCCAAAACUCUGAACUCACAAUCUCCACAGAGCAGAACACAGCACAGAACCACGUCAUGGUGGCCAAAGGACCAGAGAUGCACAACAACGGUGAUGAAGCUCUAAGGCCUGAGCUGUUAGAGCCUGCCAAACACGGGGUAAAUGGGGUGGACACUAGUAAGACGCCUACUCCCACCACGCCCAUGCCACCAGAUGUGGUGGAGAGGGGAGGUCCACCUCCUCACCAUCCCAACGGGUGGGGCAGCUACGGCCCACCUAACGGCCCAGUCUACUCCUCCCAGGACAGAAUAAAGGAGGUGAGGGAGGUACAGCCCGAACCCCAGGAGAAUGUGGUUCUACGGAGGGGCUUCGUACCCAGGACGGCCCCCGAGAGGCUGGCGCAGAGGAAGAGCUCCAUGACCCAGCUGCAGCAGUGGGUGAACCAGCGGCGGGGCAUGACUGCUCAGGAGGACUUGCGCAGUUCAUCACGGUAUUACACGGUGAAUCGAGGCAUGUCAUCCUCCGACUACUACGGCAUGUACGGCGGACCUCCCUACGUGGAGGAUUACCCCCUCUACCCUCCUGGAGUCCGGCCAGAAAGCAUCUGCUCCAUGUCGGCCGCUUUUGACCGCACUCCAGUGCGCUGGACGACAGAAGAGAAGCGACGCUCCCUGCGAGACGGCAUGAUUUACGGCCCACCCCGGGAGUCCCAGUGGAUGUUGGGACCUCCUAGCUCACACCCUGGGUACUACUCCCAGCUAGACUCAGCGCAGGGCUCCAUGAGGAGACUCUCGCUUCAGCCACGCUCUCGCUCUGUCCCUCGUUCACCUUCAUCCUCGUCCGGAGGGCCCUACUCACCCGGACCCCACAACUUCAUAUCACCCGCACGGUCGCCCAGCACCCGGUUUGACAGAGUUCCUGGAAGACUAAGAGAGGAGGGGAUCUACGCUGACCCCUCAGUCUAUGGCCUACGAAGGUCCCUCAGUUCCCCCAAGUAUGAUUUUCCUGGGGACCGGCGGUCUCUCAGUCAAAGCGUUUAUCACUACAACUACCCAGCCUCCCCCUCUCUACACGGCAAGAUGGAGGAUAUGUUAGAUGCGCAGCUCCAGAGAAACCUGGAGUACCUGGACCAGCAGGUGCCUCCAUUCCACGAUAUCUACCGAGAUCUGCAUCCCACCCUGAAGCUGAAUGAGAUUGAGACCAGCAAGCUGCUGGGACGGCUGUGUGAGCAGAACAGGAUUCUGAAGGAGCAGGAGACUGUGGUUCAUCGUCUGCGGAUGGAUAAGGAUAACCUGGAGGGGGCGCUGGUGGCCACGCAUCAGGAGAUGGAGCUGUACAGAACUCAGCCUCUGGCCAUGGAGAAACUGCAGCUGAAGAAGGAGAGUUUACAGAACCAGCUCAUCAACAUCCGCGGAGAACUCUCCCAGGCCUCCAGUGCUCUGACCACCUCCAGAAUGGAGUUCGAGGCUCUGGAGGACGAGGUGAACGCCAUCCAUGGUGAUCUGUGGGAGCAACUCAAUGCUGGAGGACAGAGUGACCUGAUUCAUCAGCACUUGCAGAAGGAGUUCUGGCGAGUUCAGGACGUGCUUGAAGGCCUGCACAAGAAUAACCCGUCCCGAGGCACAGACACGGCCAAGCACCGAGCAGCCAGUGGGGCGUCCGGUUCCUUCAGCACCAACAGCCCGGCCAGUCCUCUGAGCUCCGUGAGUCUGACCAGCCCCCUCAGCCCCUUUUCACCAGUGCCCGGCUCUCAGACCUCACCCACCAAACAGCUGGCCACCGAGGACAUUGGCCCCCCUCGACCUCCACUCCCUAAGUCCUACCAGCCCCUGGAGUCCACCCCGUCCAUGCCCCCCUCUGUCCCUCCCCUCCCCUUCGACAGCAAUGCGUGGCUCCGCAGCAUGGACGCCUACAAGGACGACGACGAACCUCGCAGCCGAAAGCACAAAUACAGCUCACCAGGGGAAAAGACCAGCGAUUAUGAGUCGGAGCAAGACCGGCAGUCCAGCCUAAAUAAAGUUGGCGUUGUCCCACCAAGAACCAAAUCUCCAACAGAUGAAAGGGAUGGUGUCCAUAGAAGAAAUGGAAAAAUACCCAAUGGAAUAUCAAGGGAGAGGCCGAAGAGUGCGGUGUUCCCGGCCGAGGUGAAGUCUAAGAUGAGCGUUGAGGAGCAGAACGAGAGGCUACGCCGGAACCAGAGCAGCUCGGUCAGGGACAAGAGGCGCAGUCUUAACCUGUCCAGCAGCCAGAACUUAUCAUCCGUCAAUUACAGAGUGGUGAGACGGAGAGUGACCGCCCACGAGGUGGAUAUAAAGGACCUGGAGGCAGCUGUCAGGGGGGAAGGGGUAGAGUCUCCCAGGGAGGAGAUUGCCCGCCUACGGCGACAAGUGGAACCUGACCACUAUGACCUGGACCUCGGCAAAGAGCUGUCAACCCCAGAGAAAGUGCUGAUUCCCGAGCGAUAUCUGGAGGUCGAGCCCAGCACGCCGCUGAGCCCAGAGGAGGAGAAAGAAAAGCAGAAGAAAGUGGAGAGGAUAAAGACGCUUAUCGCCAAAUCAAACAUGCAGAACGUGGUGCCGGUGCUGGACGGCCCAGCCGAAGCCACCAACAACGCUGAGCAGCAGUUGCAGGAGCAGGAGAAACGCAUCGAGAUCUCGUGCGCUCUGGCUGCCGAGGCCUCCCGCCGCAGCCGUCUGCUCUCCGCCCAGACUGCCCACAGCCCCCCCGCCUCCCCAACCAACCUGGCCCCUUCUCCCCCUUCUGCUGACUUCUCUGACUCCUCCCACAUCAUGAAGGUGUGAGUGUGUGAAGCUCAAGCUCUGGCUGCUGUGAAGUUUGACGGCGAACCCUUCUGAGUGCUAACUUGGAGCCAGAUUGGCGAUUGAAAGAUGUCCGAAAAAUCAAAAGUCAACGAUUGCUCCAUCUCCCCCAAACGACAGCGUAUUUAUUCCAAUUGCAGAUACAAUAACAACAGGAGGGAUCCUUACACAAAACCUUAAAUGUUUGGAGGUCGGGGAAGCAAAGAUGUGAUGAUCUAAGAGGUUCAGAUGUCUCUUAAGUUCUCACUGCACUCAUACGCUUCUUUCUACACCAAGUCCUACCUUAACUAGAGGAGCUUAACCAACAGCGGACUGACUGCAAUGCAAUGCAUAUAACGACGCUGACUUGACGAGCGUAAGUAGGGGUUAAGAGGGGUAAGUGGCGACGUGACGAACGCUAAAGAAGGAACCUGACUCAAGGUGGGACUUAUAUAAAUAUAUAUAUAUAUCAUAAUAUAUAUAUCUCCACAGUGUCACGCUUUUGUAGGGACUGGAGUAUAUAUAUAUAUCGCAGUCAUUCUAUAAAGACUGGAAACAGUUGGAUAAAAUCAAAAUCAAAAGCUCAGGACAGAAAUUGCAGAAAUGAGAUUGGAGACAAAAGUAUGUCAACAACUCGACGGCCCAGGAACGGAGGAGGAGCUGUCCAGAGUUGUCCAGUUGAAAAGCUGGACGUCCAAGAAGGCCAGGAGGAAGAAAGCCAUGACACAGCAAGUAGCAGAACCAGGAAAAGACAAAGCAGGACUGGACCAAGGACCACAGGAAGUUGACCAGAUUGUGAGAGGGACUAAAGGGACUUUAAUAACUUAACAAAUAAUUAUAGCACCUAAAUCAAGAGUUUCACAAAGUUUCAAGGGUUUCAAGACACACAAAGCACUAUCACCAUCAUGUCCUGAGAUACGCGAAGGCGUCUAUUUCCUCCCUUUUACGGAAAAAGGACUUGGGCAAAGAAAAGGACCUUGAGGAGGCAAGAACUAGCCCAAUUAAAAACUCAAACAAGACUCACUGUGACUUCUUAUAUAGCCUUUUCUUUCUCUCCCAUACCUACUUCUCCUUCUCAUCUUCCUCUUCAUUCCCUCCUCACUUAAAAUAGGGCUUGCUGGGGGCUGGAUCCCAGCUAUCGCCAGUCUGGUACUUUCUGGUGCUGUUAGCACUGCAGUGUCUGAACCUACUGGGUCAACAAUAUAGUGUAUAAUUAUAUACAUACAUACAUAUAUAUAUAUAUAUAUAUAUAUAUAUAUAUAUAUAUAUAUAUAUAUAUAUAUAUAUAUACAUACAGUAUCUCACUAGAGAAAGUAAAGAAUACACCCCUCACAUUAAUAUUUGUAAUUUUGUAUUUGUAAGUAUUUUAUUUUGGUAUCUUUUUGUAUGGAACAACUAUGAAGAUAUGACACUUUGAUACAAUAAAGUAAAGCACAGUAGUCAGUGUACAGCUACAUUAUAACAGUGUAAAUUCACUCUUCAUCCAAAUACCUCAACUCAACACUAGAGUUGCACGAUGCACUUAACAUUUGAUGCUAUUUUUAAUACUAAGUCAUCACAAAUGAUUCAGUUCUUUAGCGCUCAGUUCUUUCAUAUCGAUGCUGUAUAUAGCCCCGUUUCUAGCUUCAAAUGAGUCAAAUUAGCGUGAUUUGAUUCAAUUCAUAAGAAAACUGAUUCACCCCACGGAUGCAGUGGCAGGAUUAAGGUAAACCUAGUAUUCUGAACAAAUGAAUCAAUUUGUGAGUAUUUAUUUGAGUGGCACACCCACACACAAACCAGCAGCCUCGAAGAGUGAAGUGUGGUAAACACACCUCCAAGAGGACAACUUUCUUGCAGAGGAAGCUAAAGUUAAAGGAAAAGGUAGGGGGUAAAGGUAAUAGAAUUGCCAAACCUAAACCUAAUCCAGAUCUAAAACCUAUCAAGCAUCUGUGGGGCAUCCUCCAAUAAAUGCUGGAGGAGCGACAAGAGGAUUCCAGUGGCAACCUGUGAAGCAAGAGUUCAGGCAGUGCUGGAAAAUAAUGGUGGCUACACAAAUUAUUGAAACGUUGGGCAAAAUUUGGGUUUAGACAUUAAUAGCUGUUUGUUGAGUUGUUAUUUUGAGGGCACAGCAACACUGACUACUUUGUUGUAUCAAAGUGGCAUAUCUUCAGUGUUGUCCCAUUAAAAGAUAGAAUAAAAUAUUCAUAUUUACAAAAAUGUCUGAGGUGUACUUAUGUGAGACUUUUGUGAGAUACUGUACAUAUGUCUCUAUAGAAGGUACAUGAAUACAUACACUGACAUGCCAAAAGUCACAGGACUCCUUCAUCCUGAUUGUGGGUGUGAUUUCUAUGAGAAUCACUUGCCUCUAGUCUCUAGUUUGCAUGGUCAAAUCUAGCCGGACACCACCGGUUUCCAUCAUUACAAACCACUGCUCUGUGCUCCCCACUGUGGAUAGGGAUUACCCUACUAUGAUGUGUUCCACUGUUCAACCUCACUCACACGAUACCACCUUACAAUUAAUUACACAAAGGUGGAUAGCCAUUUUCAAGCCAUCCCCCUAAAGUAACACUUUAUGAUCAUUAAACAAAAUGUAAUUUCCUUUAUAUACAGCCUUUUCCAUUUCCACACUUUUGGCCUGUCAGUGUAUGGUGUACAAUGGUGUGAAAAACUGUUUGCCCCCUCAUGAUUUCUUAUUUUUUUGCUUGUUUAUUACUCUUAAAUGUUUCAGAUCAUCAAAAAGAAUUACUGUUAAUUUUUUGCACUAUAAAGUGCACUGUCAAUAAAUGUCUAUUUUCUGGUCUAUAUUUUCAUACAUAAGGCGCACUGGAUUAUAAGGCGCAUUUCAAGAGAACUUAACUUUUAAUUCAGCAGGUCUCACCACUGGGUGGUGGUGGGGGUUAGCUAACUCAGUUAAGUAAAGCUAAGCUAAGUAAACAAAACAGUAAUAAAAAAAGAGUUUCUUUUAAAGUUUAAUUGAGUGCUGGAUGUUAAUCUACACCGAUUUCCCUUCUGAAAGCUGUUUAUUUGGGUGAGUAAAGCGCUUUUGUUUAUUUACAGUAAGCUUAGAUUACCGAAUUUCUGCAGCACUAGGCUGGAGCAUUAGCAUUAGCGGCUAACCGCUCCAGCAGUGCUAGCAGGGGUUAGCAGCAGGCUACAGGCUGAUAAUACUUCCCUCUAAACAGGGAAAUAACGACUAGUGGCUAAUGCUAAUAUAAAUUCAGCCCUGGUGCUGAACAACUAAACUGAAACUCCUGAAUAACACUACAAUUUGGGCUUUUUUUUUAAAUACAGUGUUACUUUUAUGGCAGGUGUAUCUUAACAUUUUGUGUUUACUUGUGUUGUCUUGGACUAAUAGUGUUUUUCGCACUCUAAGACUCACUUAAAAUCCUUUUUAAUUUUCCCAAAAAUCGUCAGUGCACCUUAUGUUUAAAUUUUACUAGUCAGGUUGUAAUAAGGAGCAGUAAAGCCACUCUGCUGAAGUACAGAGUUAUAAAAGGGUUUCAGUGAAGUUUUUCUUCAGCACUGAGGCUGGAGUAGCAUUAGCAUUAGCUGCUAACCACAGUGCUAGAUCAGAGGUGAGUAUAUCAGACUGUAACCUGUGUGUUUACCGCAUUAAAACAAGCUACGUGGAAUAAACCGCUAAGCUAAUUUCAUCCUGGCUUACCGAAACACUUCCUCAGUGUUCAACUGGCGGUGUUGUUUACUAGCUUUAAGCGAUGCUAACUGCGACUAGCGCUGCUGCUAAUCGUGGCUCCUGCUGCUGCUAACCACACUAAAAUAUAAAAUAUUGGAAAUCUAAGCUUACUGUAAUUGAACUGUAGCGCUUUACUGACCCGAAUAAACAGUUUUUAGGAGAAAAAUAUGUGUAGAUUAACAUCGAGCGCUUAUUUAACUUUAAAAGAAAGCCGUAUAGUCCGUAAAAUAAAAGAUUUAAAUACCUUUGACGAUCUGAAGCAUUUAAGAGUGAAAACGUGCAAAAAAAACAAACACUUUUUACACCACUGUAUGUAUGUGCCUUUUAUAUACAGUAUCUACAUAUAUACAGAUAUUUACAGAUAUAAACAGAUGAUUUGAGUUGUAUUCAAAAGCCAUGUGGAUCCUCAUAGUGCUUUCAGUGCUAGUUUUUUUUUUUUUCAGUUUUUUUUAGCUUUACCUAAAGUGGUAUCUGAAAACAAAUACGUGUACAUGCAAAAAGGAGUGUAAUAUAAAUAUGAUUUAGUAAGCUAUAGAGUGAACGUUGGUGGGAAAAAGUGCCCUUAGAAGUGUAAGUCUACUAGUUGAAUGAUGAUGUGAUAUGUCGGGGUGAUGCUCGGGGUGAUAUUGAUAUCGGAGGUGAUAUCUGAGGUGAUGUGAUGGGGGGUGAUAUAAGGAUAUUAGGGGUAUGGGUUGGUUGGGGCAGCAGUUUUCGCAGCAUCUCAGCAACCUCUGUUUAUUGUGUUUAAAUUAAACGAUGUAGCUCUUAGAAACCCCCCUCCCCCCCGCUCCCUGUGAAUAUAUAACACCCAGUAGUGUAACACUGUGCCAUUGGGUAUUGGAUUUGGACAUGUCUUUUCUUUUCUUUUUUUUUUUUUAGCUUUUUUUGUGCUUAGGCAGGAUUCUAUGUUAUGUAAAUAUUGCUCAUAUUUGAUGCGGGAUUAUGAAUAACGAAAUAAGUAUUUUUCUAUUACAGACGAAUAUCUCUUUGACCUAUGUAAUCAAGCAGCUUGAUUCUAGUGUAUCGUAAAGUUAACGAAUGAUUUGCCAAACUCCUGUACGAGUCUCCUGUUUUGUACUGUUUUUGAUUCAGCGUUUUUUCGCAGCGUUGUUGUUGUUGGCUCUCAGAGAUGCGAAACCCCCUCGCAACGUCGACAGUCUUUUUAAUGUAAAGGAAAUGGGUCUGCGACUGAAUAGUUUAGCUUUAGAAACUGUGGGUGGAGUUUGUUUGUUGUACAGCGCUCUUAUGUACAGCAUUUUAUGGAGAUUCGGAGAGUUUCGGAAAAAACCUAAAAGUUUCCUUUUCCUUUUUCGCUCUCUAUAUCUCGAUACCUAACUCAUUAGAGCACAUAUGACACGUCUUGACAUUUUACAACAGCGUGAAUCAAAAUCUCUAAAUCAGAUAAUUAAUUUUUCCAUAGCUGAAACAGACAAAAACAGACCCGGUAAAAUAAACAUCGUAAAAGGAAAGCGUUCUAUAAUUGGAACGUUAUUUCAGUUCUAGACAAAAAACAAACAGUUCCAAUGGCAAAUCCACGAAUCCACACAUCCAGAAGACAGAAGUUCUAUUUUUUUGUUUUAAAGAAAGGGAAUAAAAAGAAAACCACGGCCGUCCAAAUGCAGUACAUAUUUUUCUAAGCUCUCGGAUAUUUGACGAUUAAGGCAAUUAAAAGUCUGAUCAAUGAAAUUUCUAAAGAAUUAAGAGUGUUUUGCAUCUUUCACAGCACCAGGGAUUAAGGCUGGCAUAUGUUUAUUUUGUUACUCCAACGCGAAGUCGUUUCUGAAGGCCUUGGUUAUGGAUAGUUUUUAAGAAAAAUUAAUUUUUU